AACAUGCCUUUGAAAUUUGAGCUGUGCCCAGGUAGGAUGAUUGGAGGGGAUCAUCCAUGUUUUGUUAUUGCUGAAAUUGGACAAAACCACCAAGGAGACAUUGAGAUAGCCAAGAAAAUGAUCAAAAUGGCAAAGGACUGUGGUGCUGAUUGUGCCAAAUUCCAGAAGAGUGAGCUGCAGUACAAGUUCAACAAACGUGCUUUGGAGCGUCCUUACAAGACCAAAAACUCAUGGGGGGAAACCUAUGGUGACCACAAGCGCUAUCUGGAGUUCAGCCAUGGACAGUUCAGGGAGCUGCAGAAAUACGCAAAGGAAGUGGGAAUCUUCUUUACUGCCUCGGGAAUGGAUGAAAUGGCGGUAGAGUUCCUCGAUGAGAUAAAUGUGCCUUUCUUCAAAGUGGGCUCAGGAGACACCAACAACUUUCCUUAUCUGGAAAAGGCUGCCAAGAAAGGACGUCCCAUGGUGGUGUCCAGUGGCAUGCAGUCCAUCGAGACGAUGCGUGAAGUGUACAAGACUGUGAAGAAGCACAACCAAAACUUUGUCUUCCUGCAGUGCACCAGCACGUACCCUCUUGACCCUGAGGAUGUUCACCUCAGAGUGAUCACAGAAUUCCAGAAGGAGUUCCCCGAUAUCCCCAUCGGGUACUCUGGCCAUGAGCCUGGAAUCAGUAUUUCAGUCGCGGCUGUUGCUCUGGGCGCAAAGGUUGUAGAGCGCCACGUGACACUGGACAAGACUUGGAGGGGGAGUGAUCAUGCAGGAUCUCUGGAGCCCACUGAACUGGCUGAGAUGAUUCAUUCUAUCCGACUGGUGGAGAAAGCACUUGGAAGUGGCCUUAAGAAGAGGUUGCCCUGCGAGGAGCCAUUUCACAGAAAGCUGGGAAAGUCUGUCGUGGCAAAGGUGAAGAUCCCCAAAGGAGCUGUCCUCAGUCUGGACAUGUUGGCGGUGAAGGUGGCCGAACCAAUGGGUGUCGCAGCUGAAGAUAUCUUCCAGCUGGUUGGCAAAGUUGUAAAUGAGGAUGUUGGUGAAGAUGAGAGCAUCAUACCAGAAGUAGUGGAUGGCCUGUAG